AUGUUGCUGCAGGCUUAAAUUUGCACGGAGCCAAACGCCACAUUUAGCUACUAAUUUACCCUUAAAUGCAUUUCUUUAAAGCACGUCUAACAAUUCAGGAAAGUGAAAGAAAUGGCCGUGAUUGUGUGAAGAAAUCUGUGGACGAACUGACAGCAGAAUUUGAAUUGAAAGUUGGAACCGGUGUAACGAGGAUUUGUGUCGACUAGACGGCAGAUGUUCUAAGAUGCCCUCUUAUGCUUUUCUGGAUAGUCUGGAGAAUUAUUUGAGGACAAGAAAGUUUCCUGUAAAUACGUCAAAAAACUUAAAGAAGCUGAUUAAUAAUGCCAGUAAACACUUCAUCUACAAAGACGGCUGUUUGUGGCGGUCUUACCGAGGCCGCCUUCUCCGUGUCGUUAGGAGUGACGAAGAAGUGCGUGACAUCCUGAUACAGUAUCACGAUAAUAACAACCAUGCUGGCUGGGGUCGGGCAGUGAAGGAAAUACUGCUGAUGUUUUACUGGGUUGGAGUGACCAAGGCUGUGAAGAAAUGGAUAAAAGCGUGUGCUGUUUGCCAGAAGCAAGCUCCUACCAAACCAUCCGAGCCACGCGUUCAGUUUUGCCUGGUUUAUGGUUGUGAUGCCUCCAGUUACAUACACCCCGAGCUCAGCUUCCACAGGUUUCCAAAGAAAGCCGAGCAGCGUCAGAAGUGGCUGGCAGUGGCUCAGAGGGAUGAAGGCUCACUGCGCUCAAGCUCCUACAUCUGCUCCCGACACUUUGACCCAUCCUGUUUCACCCAGAAUGAGGAGGGUCAGCUGACGCUAUCAUCAGAUGCUGUACCAACUAUCACGCCUGAUACAGCACAGGAAGAUGAGGUGCCCAUCCCUUCAGAUGAGGAAGCCCGUUCCAACACACUGGAAGACUUCCUCUCGGCUGCUGCUAGUUCACAAACCAAACACCCCUCUCAUCCAGCCACUGAUCAAUCUGAAACAUCUAUGGAACUGCAGGAACACCAGUACUGCUCAUCAGCUCCAGACUCCACCACAGUCCAGACAGUGAAGGAGCACACAAGGAGGAAGACCGUCAUUGAGGCAACCUUCAUGAUUUACGAUCAUAUCACCAGGUACCUGAGCCACAGGAUUUUACCUAUGCAAAGCAAGAAAAGAAGAAGUGCCUUAAGAAGGAUGGCUAAGCGCUUUGGCCUAAUAGAUGGAGUGCUGAUGUACACACGAGUUUCUCCACCUCUCAGAGUGCCCCGCAGCAGAGAGGAGGUAAACUCAAUCCUGCAGGAAUUCCACGAUAACAAGGGCCACUAUGGUCAGGGGAUCUGCCAGCGAGAAAUGGGAAAGCACUUUUACUGGGCCACCAUGACCCGAGACCUGACUAAUUGGAUCAACAACUGCCAAACCUGCCUUAACAGAACCAAGAGGAAGUGGAUGCGCUGCAGUGUUCUUGCAUGCACAAACUGCUGUGGACCGGUAGAAAGACGCCUGGGCCUCACCUUCCAUAAGUUUCCUCUUCACAAUGCGACCCUGUUCGCUCAGUGGUUGAAGGCUACCGGCCGUUCAAACUGGCAUCCUCGGCUCAGAUCUUCUAUUUGUUCAAUCCAUUUCACUGAGGACUGUUUCAACCGUAGUGGGGAGGUCAUCGCCCUAAAUCCAACUGCUGUACCCACACUCAUGGUCCACAGUGACUCAGCAGGGCCAUCCAGAGGUCUGAUCCAGCCUGCAGUGGGAAAGGAGGCCAUUUUUGCCAAGUAUGAUGCUGUGGAGCUCUACCUUACCAAACGCACUUAUCCACCUGGACUGAACUAUGUAGAAAAGAACACCUUCAGAAGGUUCUGCAAGAAGUUUGUCAUUAAAGACGGUGUGCUCCACAUGGGGAGGGGAGAUCGAAUGCGUUUGGUUCUGAGGAACAGGCAGCAGGUUGAAACUGCACUGCUGGACUAUCACAACGAUCUGAACCACCUCGACGUCAACAAGUGUCUCAGACUGCUAAACGAGAGGUACUUCUGGAAAACCAUGAGGCCUGAUGUUGUCCAGUGGAUCAACAACUGCUCUCAGUGCAGCAUGAAGAAGAGGAAGAAACCAAAUAACCAAGCAGAGGCAAUGGGAUCAGCGGUUCAACUGCAAGCAUCUCAUGACUUAGACGGUGUGAAUGAAGGCGACACUGAUAGCUGCAGUUCUAAUGGUGAUGAAGGUAGGGGGAGUGAUAGUGGCGCAGAGGGGCCGCUGGCAGUGACUUCCAAGGACACAGUGGAUGAACCUUCUUCCCUUUUGUCCUCCCAGACUGUAAUUCCCAACAACCCUCAGCCCAGAAUUCCCAUCCUCCUCCACCUGAAAAGGCCCAUCAACUUACAGCCCAGCUCUCCCAACAUCCCUUUUGUCACAAAGCUCUUGCCUGUGAAGACAGAGGCUCCUUCACAUUUUAAAGUACAGAAGGAUCCUAAAGGCUCAGAGGGACAAACUUGCAUCCAAAUUCAGGUAAAUCCCCAUCUAAAGAAGCCCACUCAACCUCAAGAGCAGAAAAAAACAAGUAGCCUUCAGGGCAACACUGGGAUACAACACUGCAUCCAAGCACAGGUUGUUUCAGACCAACGUGCUCCAUUGGAGCAGAUUCAGCCUCCGAGGCAAAACAGCGCUCCAGAGGCAAAUACAUCAACGCAAAUCAGUCAGCGCAGUGCCCAGCGCCCAGUGAAGAAGACAAGAGUUCUGGAGGCAAACUAUUCAGUCAAGACGAGCUCUAGCUGUGGUCUGGAGCCUGUGAUGGCCCUGAGCACCAAACCCUGGCCUGUCUUCACCAUCGGUAACGCUGCUCUGGAACAGGCAGCAAAACCCCCUCCUGAGGCUGACAGCUCAGCUGUUUUCCAUAGGUCCAUCAGGCUUCAGGCCCGAACUGUCGUUCAGCAGUGUAGCCAUGCGAAGGUUAAGAUCAAACCUGCUCUAGAUGGGACAGACGCUCAGUGGGCAGAGAUUCAGCAGGGAUUAGUUGUGUACGUGUGUUUCUUUCAUGGAGCCACUGAGGAUGUGACACACGACAUGGCCAACAAACUGAUGACCACCAGGCUUUUCCGAAAAAACGCUGGCCACUCCGUGUCCCUGCUCGACCUUCCUGGGAGUAUUUUAUUUGUCCCCCAGGACUCCCUGCUCGGGAAGACUGCACCCAACAGAAGGAUGCAGUACAUAGGCGGAUGUGAGCUGUGGUGGGGCGCCCAGCUCUUCUCAAACUUGGUCUCGGUCUGCAGAGAGCUCAUGUCAGGCUCAGCAAAGUGCACAAGUGCAGGUGUAAAGGUAGAGCAUGGACUCUAUGGACAGAAACAAGAAAUUUCCCUUACCUCUGUGGAACCGCUGACGGUGAUGCUGGAGUUCUGAGGUACAGGAUGUUCAGUACUGUGGAUUUUCUUAAAUCUCUAAUGCAAAACUUUAACUAAUUUUAAACUUAUUUUCCUGUCUUUGACCAAAUUCAAUGAAUACUUGCUCCUGUUCUGAGUUAGUCCUGAAUAUUUUUUUUGGCAUGUUUGAAAUCGUUGCCCAAAAAGAUCCGAGGUGGUCUUGUAGCUGGUAGUGACCACCAUGGCUGCAUUAAAGAGAACUCACUUUUCUAGAGAGGUUUUACAAAUAUUAGACCUCCUGAAAAUGAAAGACUAAAAACAGAACCUAUUUGCAUGUGAUGGUGUUAAUCCACUGCGAUAUUUGGCAGGAUGGUGAGGUGCCAGCAUUGUAUCAGCUGUUAAUAAACAUGUGGUAGCAAGUUUGCACAGAAUACAGUUGUCAGUUCACGCUAAUCCUUCAGUAGAAUCUACACAAAAAGACUCAAAACAGUUGGAAGUGUGCUCAGUGUUCCCCACAAAUGUUCUGCAUUAAGUUGUCAGGAUUUUCUUUCAUAUUGUAUAAAUCACUGAAAAAAUAAAAACAAAACUACAUUCACUUUAAAUGACUUUUAAUUGAACCAUAAAAGUAAAACAGAUAACAAAUGUAACCUUGAUGCCCUGGAACAUGUCAAAGGAGUUAUUCUGUACAAGAUCAAAUAACCAUUAUAAACUAAAAGCUUUUUUUUAAGGUUAAAAAACUUGACCCAGUCAUAAUUUUUUAAGGCUGCUACACUGCAGGACAUUUCUUGCUACAGUCAAAACUGUAAGUAAUAAUAAUGUUUUUGUUUUUUUGUUGUUUUUGUUUUUUUUACAAAAAACAUGAAACAGCGAUUCAAGAAUAAGCACUCUGAA